AUGUCUUCCAUCAAUCUCAACGGAAAGCGCCGUCGUGUUGAGAGCGCAGCAUCAGCGCUUUCCAAACCCUUCAAGUCCCCUCUUCGCCGACCACCUCAAGUGGCGGGGACUCAACAUGAUGCAAAGCCUAAGGAAGAGAACAAUGCUCCUCCAAAUCCUUCCCUCAAUCAGCAAACUGUCGAUAGGCGCAAUCAGCCCGUAGCCUCAACAUCCGCGUCGCUUUCACCUGACAAAACAUCCACUCCUUCCCCUUUGAGCUUAGAGUCUCGGAAAAGACGAGCCGACAGCAACCAUCUAACUCCGUCGAAAAAGCCGAUCUUCUCAGAUCCAGUCAUCCUUGAUCUUCAGAAGCAACAAAGGGCGCUACAGUCACGGCUGGCUACCCUACGCUCUGAACUUGAUACUGCACAACAAGCUCUUCGGCUCGAGUCCUCGGCCAAAGAUGCCGAACUCCAGUCGCUGAUCAUGAAGUGGAGGUCUGUUAGUCAGAACGCAGCCGAGGAAGUUUUUGCUGGAGCCCAAGAACGUGUCGCGCGGAUGGGCGGUAUGAAGGGUUGGAGGGAGCGGAUGAAGAAUAGUAAUGCACCAUGGGGGCAAGAGGAGAUGGAAUCUUGGUACGGCAGUGCUGAAGCAGAAGGGGUUGAUAUAGAUGAAGGUGAGCUGGAGGCUCGAAAGGCUGAGAUGGUGGAGGUUUGCCGGAAGAGUCACGAUGGGGACCGGGAGAGCAAAGAUACUGAAGAUGAGGAGUUCACCAUGGAAUAUAUGCUGAAGACGUUGAAUAUUGAUCUCAAGGUCAUCGGACGAAGAGGCGCAGAAUGCCUGCCGGCGAAGUCCUGCAAAGAAGGAGAAAAGGUGACCGUCCCUGCGAAAUACUUGAGGGACUUAGAAGCCAGAAUCGCUGAGCUGGAGCAUGGAUCGCGCACCUCAAUGACAGCACCACAAGCACGAGAUAUUGGUAUCCAAACGGAGCCGAUAGAUGUGCUUCCCUGCGACUGUCCGCAUAUUAACAAUGACAACGAUGAUAAUACCUCCCUGGCAUUAUCCGAAUUUUUGGACUUUGGCCCUCAGAGAAAGUCUCCGGACUCGAGUAGACAAGCAAUAGCCAUGGCACCGGACCAGCUGUUGAAUCAAGUCAAGAGUUCAGAGAGCCACUUGAUCUCGUUUCCUAGCUCUCGUCUUCAGAUGCCCUCGUUGGGUGACUUUAUAAACCCUAGAUCUUCGGAUGGACUCUGUUUAAUGGAUACCGGCGUGGAUAACCCCAAACCAACAGAUGUUGAAUCUCUGCAUGACCUUGCCAUGGUGGGCGGCUACUCGUUUUGGCUUGAAGAAGCCUAUGCCAACCUUUACUUUUCGAUCUCGCAUUUUGUGUGGCCAUUACUUGAUUGCAAUGCUUGGAGCUCCUGGCGUCAUGACUGGAACCUAGAUAAACAGACAGAAUUAUGGAAAGGGUUUUUCGUACAGAUGGUGUAUGCCAUUGGCUCCUUGUCAUGCAGUAUUCUUCAGCCCGGUCAGAACCAUUCAGACCGUGCGGCGGAGAUUUAUACUUCCGCAUUGUCGUACUAUCCUCACGUCAUGGCAGAAGAGUCAGCUGUUCUUCGGUUACAAGCAUCAAUUCUCAUGAUACUCUAUUCUCUCCAUUGCCCCUCUUCAGGAGAAAUCUCAAUGUCAGUCUCCUCCAUUGUUCCUUUUUGCUCAGCUACGCUGGCCGAGCUCCAGAAAAGGAUUUCUUCCGGUUGUGAUAGUACGACGAGGAGUGUAGUGGGACCGCAUAUUCCUCUAACCGAGUCUAUGUUCAUAACAUGUUAUAUGUUGAAUGAGAUCAUAGUGUCCGGGUGGGAACGACCAGUUUCCGAGGCCUACAGAAUUGUCGACGAUGAUAUUCAUACACUCAGCAAUGAGAUACCGGAUGCCUCAAGCACGAGCGCAGCGUUGCGACACUUGUUCAGAUUGCGAAAGAUCCAAGCCAACAUCCGGAGAUACUGGGAUGGUCCGCCCGACUACCAAGACUCAGAUGACACGUCAUUCAAGCUGGCAUUAGAUGCCUGGAGGAAAGAUAUACCUCGAUACUCUGUAGAAGACGCGCGAAGUACCCAUCUCCACCCUUUGUGGAUGACAAACCUGUACGACUACAGUGUGAUUAUAUUAAUGCAAGGGAAACGGAAAAACCUCGAGCACGAAGAGAUUGAUGCUAUCUUUUCAGCUGGUAUUGAGGUCUGUCUUAACUAUAGACGUAUGCAGGAAGAAGGUCAAGUGAUGUGCUUUACGUGGUCUACGCGGACUUUCGACGCAGUAUGUGCGUGUGCGGACAGUUUGGCCUGUUUCGUGAGCCGUUGGCAAGAUGCCACUCCGUACGCUGAAGUGUUUUACUUUCUUCUUCAUUCUGCCUCUUGGAUUCUAGACGAUCUUCCGUCCCGGUUGCGAUGUGCAUGUUCUUUUGAUGAAUUGAAGACUUAUUUAGAAACGCUGAAAAAGCAAUAUUUGCGCAAAGAGGUUCUGGAAAUGAUUGAGGAUAUGAUUUACCCAGACAUUUAUAAUUUGUGCUAG